AUGAGGAUUUUCUUGGUUUGGACCCUUUUCCCAGGUGGCUGGGCAGUGACAGGCCCCAGGCAGGUGACAGUAGAGCAGGGCAGCUCACUGGCACUGUCCUGCAGCUACAAGCCACGCUACAAGCUCAGCUUCAAGUACUGGAGCCGCAAAAGCUCCCUCAUGACCUCCAUGAUCCAAACCGACGGCUCAGAGGUGACAGUGACACGGGACAGGGUGUCCAUCAGGGACAACCACACAGCGAAUUCAUUCACAGUGACCCUGAGCAGUGUCACAGCAGGGGAUGCAGGCUGGUACUCCUGUGGGGUGAAGAAAGUGGGGAUUGGCCGAGGGCACAGCACCGAGGUGAUGGUGUCGGCAGCUGCUUCAAACACAACUGAGGACAGCAACCUGAGCCCAUUGACCACCAAUCCCCUGUGUCCCAGGGGCUGUGGGGAGCCUCCAGUGCUGUCCCAGCCCAGUGUCAUCCACUUGCUGCUUCUGCUCAGCAUCAAGGUGCCAGUAGCACUGGCUGUGAUUGGAGGGGCAGCGUGGGUGAGGAGCCGGGGCAGGAGCCGGGAGCAGGAGAUGCUGCAGCUCUUGGGGGCAUCCAGCAGCACCAGCACACGGGGCUGCCCCCCCGGCCCAAACCCCUCCGAGCCCCAGGGACGCCCUCCUGCCCCCCCGGCCCCCACCCUGCCGGGGCCGAACACGGGGCCCGUCUGGAACCCGCUCCCUCCAUCCUUCCCCCGCGUCUGCAACCCCGACGCUCUCUCCGGACGCUCCUCAUGGACCCGCGGCACUUUCCGCUCCUUCCCAGUGCUGGCCGGGCUGCAGCUGCUGGCGCUGCUGGCCAUGAGCGCGGCCGUGCUCUGGGUCAGCGUGCGGGGCCGCUGA